AUGAGCAACUUAGACACAUCCACGGUGGCGGUUUAUGGCCUGGUCGCUGUUCUCCCCUUCGCGGGUGUUUGGUUGGUGAAGAAGCUCAAUCAGAAGAGUCCCGUACCCGCUGUUAUUGGCUCGGGUGGCUGGAUCGAUUCGCUGAAGGCUGCUCACUACUUCGAGGAGCAGCCAAUGGAGGUUAUCCAGACUGGCUACGACGAGCUCAAGGACGGCGUUUUCCGGAUCCCGCGUCGCUGGCGCUGGGACUAUGUCGUCACAAGCUCCCAGCGAGUCAAGGAAGUUAGCGCGGCCGCCUCAGAAAUUCUCUCGUUUGAUGAGGGAUCCGGGGAUGCGAUCCAGAUCAAAUACACCAUGGGUACCGAGCUGAUUAAAAACUCGUUCCACACCACCGCCGUUCGGACGGGUUUGACCCGCAACUUGGGAAGAGUUUUCCCCGAGGUCAGGGACGAAAUCGAGUGCGCAAUGGACGAUGUCUUUGCGCUGCAUGACGACGAUUGGAAGCUCGUUCCGGUUAUACCCGCUAUGAUGAAGGUCGUUUCUCGAACCAGCAAUCGCCUCUUUGUGGGAUUGCCAUUGUGCCGAAACGAAACGUACCUUAACUUGACCGUGAUGAACACCAUUGAGAUCGUUCAACGCGGGGAAAAACUGAGUGCCUGGCCCGAAUUUCUCAAGCCGCUUGUCGCGCCUUUCAUUGUGACCAGAAUGAAACGUUUGCGGGAGAUGCUGGGAUUCGUGGGCUCCAUAAUCGAAGAGCGCAUUGCCAAGGAAGAUGCGCUCGGUCCCAACUACGAAGGCAAACCGAAUGACUUGAUUUCCUGGCUGCUGGAAUCUGCCGGUCCUGAGGGAAGACACCCUGAGCCCAUUGCUGCUCGCAUUCUUGCCCUUAAUAUGGCUGCUAUUCACACCAGUUCGAUGGCGCUCACCCACGCUCUGUUCGAUAUCACUUCGCGCCCGGGAUACCUUGAACCGAUGCGUGAAGAGGCUGAGAACGUGAUCAGGGCGGAAGGUUGGACCAAAUCGGCUCUCAACAGCAUGCACAAGAUCGACAGUUUCAUCAGAGAGACCCAGCGCAUGCAGGGGAACGGACCUGGUUCAGCAAAAUUUGCUCCUGCCUUGAACCUUGAACCGGACCUGAAAUCUGGUCAAGUUCAAGCGGUCCCAGUUCAGAACCGGACCGCGGCAACACUAGUCAUUCAUCCCGAUGGUUUCACUUUCUCCGACGGUAUCAAAAUCCCUUACGGCUCACUCAUCUUUGUCCCUGGCAAAACCGUUCACUACGAUCCGACUAUUCACAAGGACCCCGAAGUCUUCAAUGGGUUCCGUUACUCCGAUCUUCGGGAGGCCAAGGCCGACAAUCACAGCGUCGAGGAAGGGAUAUUCAACAGCCACAUGGUUACGACCAGCAUUGAACACCUCGCAUUUGGGCACGGCAGGCACGCCUGCCCCGGCCGGUUCUUCGCUGCUACCGAGAUCAAGGCCAUGUUGGCCCACAUCCUCAUCAACUACGAUAUCAAAGCCGAGGUGCCUGGUGUUCGCCCUGCCAAUGACGAUCAUGGAAUGAUUUCGGCGCCGAAUGGGUCCGCGGGGAUCUUUAUUCGCAAACGCCAGUUGUGAUUUUCACUCCUCGCGUGCCCGUGUAUCGAAUUCAGGGUUGACGUCCUCUUACUUACGUACAUCGACCCUUCUUUUAUGUUCCCUUGUCAAUCAUAU